ACCACCACCACCGCCACCGCCACCGCCACCAUCAUCAUCAUCAUCAUCAUCACUACCACCAGCGCACGCACGCGCCACGUACAUACGUAUAUACGACUUACGCACGCACGCACGCACGUACGCACGCGAGCGAGCACGGUCGCGAAGCUAAGCGCGUCGUGCUUCUCUUUCUCCGCCGUCGCGCCGGUGCAAUGUCUCUCGAGACACGUUCGAGCUCGGCCCUGUUCAAGCGAGCCGAACAGCUCAAGCGCUGGGAACAGUCCGAGACGAAUCGCGAGCCCGCACAGCCGCGGCAAGUCGCGCGCAAGAUCAAAUUCUCGGCGGACUGCGUGUUCCUGGCGGCUUGCGCAGCCAGCGACAAGGAGGAGGUUGUGCGUCUGCUUCAGAAGGGAGCGGACAUCAACACCGGAAAUGUCGAUGGCCUCACCGCGCUACACCAGGCCUGCAUCGACGAUGACUUGGACAUGGUGGAAUUCCUGGUGGAGCAAGGGGCCGAUAUCAAUCGCGGGGAUAACGAGGGAUGGACACCGCUGCACGCUACAGCGUCCUGCGGCUUCGUCUCUAUUGCCAAAUACCUGAUAGAACAAGGAUGUAAUCUGGCUGCGGUUAACAAUGACGGCGAACUGGCGCUCGACAUUGCAGAAAGCGACGAGAUGGAGGAUAUGCUCCAACAGCAUAUAAAUAAAGCAGGCAUAGAUUGCGAUCAGGCUAGGAGCGAAGAGGAACGGUCAAUGCUGAACGACGCGAAAGCUUGGAGAUCGGGCGCACCAGGCAAAGAUUCCAUGCAUCCUAGAUCAGGAGCCACCGCACUUCACGUCGCUGCUGCCAAAGGCUACAUCAAAGUCAUGCACAUAUUACUACAAGCUCGAUGCGAUGUUAAUGCACAGGACUUUGAUGGAUGGACACCUUUGCACGGUGCAGCACAUUGGGGUCAACUGGAAGCUUGCAAACUUCUUGUUGAAAACGGCUGUGAUAUGGAUAUGAAAAAUUACGCCGGUCAAACUGCUUUCGAUGUUGCCGAUGCAGAUAUCCUGAAGGCUCUCGAGGAGCUGAAAGAGCAACAAGCACUUAUAUUGAAAGACAGCCCGCAAAUAAUUAAUAAAAAGCAAUCGUCUAUACCAAAGAAACGCGUCUCAACGAACAAUGAAAAUGCAAUAGCGGCGCAAGAAUCUACGGAAAUCUUUGAAGAAGAAACGCCAAACAAAGUUAAGAAGGUUGAGUUAGAGAUUCAAUCUGAUAAAGAGGAUUCCAGCACUAGUACAAACAGCGACGUCGAAGCAACGCGUGAAACACACAUGGAAGAGAGUGAUGGUGAAGGUGAAUCUGAGACUAGCUCAGAAUCACACUCUUCCACUUUCUCCAAUCAAUCUGAUAAGUCUAACCACGCGACAUGUCUUACAGAUGACGAGAAGAAAAAUAGAGUAAACAAGGAUGAAAUUGCACCCCAUAGUCCAGUAUCUCCAGUCGAAAGUAACAAAGUUCCUAAUCAGGCUCCAAUAUUGCCUCCAAAACAACAGACUGAUAACAACGAGGAAGGCGUCGUACCAUCUUGGAGACGUUCAGGUUCCUUUCGAAAUAGAGUUCAAAGUACUGAAACUACUAAUUCAGCAUCUACAAAACUUGAAGAUAAGGAUAACAAUAUUAAGAUAUCAACGGUACCGAAUAAAGUGAGUGCCGAGCCCGAAGUGGUAUUACGGAGGACGCAUAGUUUUGAAACGGACGAAAAGUUUUAUGAGCAGUACUUGGCAUUACAAGCCCGCAUCAAGGCGUUCUCGUGCCCUACCCUCCAUUGCUGCAAUGCAGCUACUCCUACUCACACCAAUGCUACGACCCGCUCUGCAUCUCUACGCGAAACACACAGAAAGAAAGAAGUGAAAUUAAAUUUGGAAUUAUCAAGACUGCCACAAGGAAGCAAUACACUUUCACCAACAUCCGCGUCUAAAACAUUGGCAUCGAGUCCAUUGUCAUCCACCACAACAACUAUCACCACUGCCACCACAACAACAAGUCCUAUUCCAGUCAAUCAGAUUCGCAGUGUUCAACCAGUGGAAGCUGCAUCUACAGUUGUAUCGAAUACAAAUAAUGCAGUAGCAGCUGCUCCUGGAACUCCUACCACACCAGGAGGGAGCAAGCUAAGUCCGGGAAAUAUCUUCAAGAAUUUCUUCAAAUCCUUCGUCCCGCCGGUGCGCGAUGAGGAAAGCGAGACCCAGAGGAAAGCCCAUGCGAAGAGAGUAAGGGAAACCAGACGAUCUACGCAGGGCGUGACGUUGGAUGAGAUCAAGAGCGCGGAGCAGUUGGUGAAGAAAAAACAACAGAACAACGAAUCACCGGCCCUGACGCCAUCCACGCAGCCUACGACUACGGUCAGCAAUACAGCUUCGAUCACGGCUACGAUAACGACCGCAACCUCGACUACCGUGACUGCGAAUAAAGUCUCCGAGGAAUCUAAUUUGCCCGAGAGACGACCAUCUUGGAGAUUAAGGGUAGACAAUGGAAGCAAGUUUCAGUUAGAAGACGCCAAUAACAGACCUACUGAUAACACAACGGCCUACAUGAGAAGACCGUCCGGUGGAACCGGCAUACCUAGACCGUCAUCGGCGCCAGUCGAGACUAUCGCUACCAGCAGUACAGAAACCACCAUUACAUUACCCCUCAGAAGAUCGUUGAAGCAACCAGACGACAAAGAACAAGACAAGGAGAACGAUAGCAGAAACGCACAAGCCACACAGGCCGUUAUUCAAAGGAGACGUCGGCCUAAAAGAAGAUCGACAGGUGUGGUCCACGUGGAUAUGGAUGAAAUCGACCCAGAAAAGCAAGAUCUAACUGCUGGCGGUGACUGUGACGACUCCAAGGUCAAUCACAACGAAAGCGGAAACGAUCGUUCCAGCAGAUCAAAUAGAUUAGGCUCGAUAUCCUCGAUAUCGUCGGAAGCAUCGUCCGCGCCGAUCAGAAUAAAGUCCAGUAGUUCUGAAAACGGCGAGCUAGACUAUAAGAAAUUAUACGAGGAAUCUCAAGUGGAGAACGAGAGGUUAAAGGACAAACUGAAGCGCUCCGAUGAGCAGCUGAAAGAGGUGAGAAGCUUGCUGGAGAAAGCGCAAACCAACCAAAAUAAAGUCAUCCUCUCGGAGGCGGAAAAGCGGGAGAGGCGAGCCAUGGAGAGGAAACUUUCCGAAAUGGAAGAAGAGCUGAAGCAAUUGCAAAAGCUCAAAGCUGAAAAUGAGAGAUUGAAAGCCGAAAAUCGGGCACUUACCCGCGUCGUAUCCAAACUCACCAAUACUAAAUAGGUGAUGGAGCAACUAAAAUGCGAAAAUCAGAGGCUAAAAGACGAAAACGGUGCCUUGAUCAGAGUAAUCAGCAAAUUGUCCAAAUAAAUCUGUUUGUAGUCUCAACUGCACGCCGCUGCAAAAUCUUAAGUUGUAUCAUCAACUGUGUCGAAUGAAUUGCUUUAACCGUCAACAGCAUCAACAAUUAUUGCUAGUGUUCUCACGAAUGCGCGCAUUCAUGCUAUCGAUGAUUUUAUCCUCGUGCUGGUAAUUUAAUUUAUUAUUCCGAUGGUGAAAUCAGUUAAUUAUCGCAUGGCUGUGCCAAAGGCGAGAAAAGAGACGUUACUCCUAUUCCUAGACUGUGAAUACUUGAUCAUAAAAGACUUAGAAAUUUUACUUCGUGGAAUUAAUUUUUAAUGUCUUAGAGAGAUGAUGAAUUUUAUAAUUCACUGAAACCAUAUGCCAAUGUUCUUUAUAUAGUUGAAAAGAGAACGAAGGAAAAGAAAAAAAAACGAAUUCAGGUUUACUUUAUUCGAUUAUUAAGUAGCGACGAAGCAAAACUGUUAAUCUCUACGGACAGUUUUCUUUUUUAUCAAAUCACGUUAUCGAUGUUGAUUCUUUAUAAGGACAUUUUGUAAAUACGUAACGAUAGACAACGGUGAUGUGGCAUUUUAGUAAUUGAAAGAGAGAGAGUUUUUAUCCGCGAGAGCUACCCUCUAAACAGCACUGAGUGCGUAUGUGAAAAAAUGAGGAUAUCCGGAGUACAUGGAAUCGUAAGACGAGUCCGUUUGCAUUACCGAAGCAAUAAGCAAUAUAUAUAUACAUAUAGAUAUCUGUUACGCUUUGACUAAAUUAUGCAGAUGGUAAAAGGAGGAUGAGUCAAAGAACAUGACCCUCGAUUGCUACUCAAGUGGCCUUUCUCUGAAGACUGCAAUUUAUAAUCCUUCCAUCAUUGCCAUUUUUUGCAGUAUAAGCGGUAAUCUGACGCGUACAGGAUUUAAAUGUUUUUAAUUAUUCUCUCUGUAACGAUACACUUUCUUAUAUGAUAAUAUCACGGAUGACAUGUCAAGCAUACUUUUUGUAUAGACACCAGGAUCUUUUAAUCUCCCUGAAAGUACUGAAAUUGUUGUGUAACGUUUAGAACUGCGGCUGUAACUUCAGUUCGAACAUUGUCGACGGUAGAAUCUGUGUUAUUACUUUUAACUAUCUCUGUCCAUUGUACGAAAAUGCUGUUACCUAUUAUUUUCUUGUAUAGCAAUGCCGAUAAUGAUUGUCCAAUAUGCUCUGGAUGUAAAGAUACUGGAUAAAAGACGGAUUUAUAAAUACUGAAUAAUGGAAUGUGUAAUUAACAGUUGGCAUGUUUUUUAAUGAUAUUAUUGUAAACACAAUUGUAAAAAAAAAGGAUGACUCAAUGUAGUUAUUUCGUAAUGAAAUUUAUUAGAAAAUAA